GCUCGCCUGGCGAGGACAAGGAGGAGGAGGCGGUGGCGGCGGCUGACGGCAGUCGGCAGUCUCCCAUAGACAUCCUCGCACUGAGCCGGGGACGACAGAGCUCGGCCGGCAGGUUUCGUAAAAUCCCCCUUUCUCUCACGAGCAGCCGGAGCCAUGCACUGGGGCACGGAACUUUGGGAUCAAUUUGACAACAUAGAGAAACACACACAAUGGGGAAUUGACUUCUUGGAAAAAUAUACUAAGUUUGUUAAAGAGAGACUUGACAUAGAGCAAAGCUAUGCAAAACAGUUAAGAAAUCUUGUUAAGAAAUAUGGACCAAAACGUUCCAGUAAAGAUGAAGAACCCAGGUUUUCCUAUUGUCAGUCCUUCUUCCAAGUUCUCAAUGAACUCAAUGACUACGCAGGCCAACGUGAAGUUGUUGCUGAAGAAAUAGGCCACAGAGUCUAUGGAGAGCUUGUUAGAUAUGCUCAUGAUCUGAAAAUUGAAAGAAAAACACAUCUCCAGGAAGGACGUAAAGCCCAGCAGUAUUUGGAUAUGUGCUGGAAACAGAUGGAUAAUAGCAAAAAGAAAUUUGAGAGAGAAUGCAAGGAGACUGAAAAGGCACAGAUAGGUUAUGAGAAGCUAGACUCUGACCACAAUGCAACAAAAGCAGAUGUUGAGAAGGCUAAGCAACAAUUAAACCUACGGACCCAUAUGGCUGAUGAGAGUAAAAAUGAAUAUGCUGCUCAGCUGCAGAACUUUAACAGUGAACAACAGAAACAUUUCCAAUUCAUCAUGCCUCAGAUUUUUAAGAACUUACAAGACAUGGAUGAGCGAAGAAUUGUAAAGUUGAGCGAGUGUUACAGAGGAUUUGCAGAAGCUGAACGUAGGGUUAUUCCAAUUAUCAAUAAGUGUUUGGAAGGAAUGAUCAGUGCUGCAAAGUCUGUGGAUGAGCGGAAAGACUCCUUGAUAGUAGUGGAAUCAUUCAAAUCUGGUUUUGAACCACCUGGAGAUUUUCCAUUUGAAGACUUCAGUCAGAAUAUUUAUAGGGCAGUUUCCGAUGGCAGUCUCAGUGCACAUAAACAAGAGACAAGGGGAGACCAAAAAUACACAGCAGCAAAAAGCAAAGGGAAACUAUGGCUUUUUGGCAAGAAAAGCAAGAGCACUGCAUUAGAAGACUUUAGUCAUCUGCCACCAGAACAGAGGCGCAAGAGACUUCAGCAAAAGAUUGAUGAGCUUAACAAGGAAUACCAGAAGGAAAUAGACCAAAGAGAUGCCUUAAACAAAAUGAAAGAUGUUUAUGAACGAAAUCCCCAGAUGGGUGAUCCUGGUAGUUUGAAUCCAAAGAUAGCAGAGACCAUGAGCAAUAUUGACAAGCUACGUUAUGAGAUUCAAAAGAACGAGGCAUGGCUUGCUGAGGUUGAAAGAACAAGUGGAAGAGGAGACAGACGAUUAAGUGGUAGUAUGGCAUGCGAACGUCCUACUGAAACUAAUCAUCAUGGAACGCCUGGGAGAGAGAGCCCUGAUGGGAGUUAUACAGAUGAUCCAAACCAAGAGCAGAGAGCACACCAGAGAUAUUCAGAAUCACACCGCCAUGUUGAAUUUGAUGAUGAAUUUGAAGAUGAUGAACCUUUACCUGCUAUUGGCCACUGCAAAGCAUUGUACCCAUUUGAUGGUCAGAACGAAGGGACAUUAUCAAUGCAAGAAGGGGAAGUAUUGUAUGUUAUUGAAGAAGAUAAAGGUGACGGCUGGACAAGGGCAAGGAAACAGAAUGGACAAGAAGGCUAUGUGCCAACGUCGUAUAUAGAUAUUACUCUAGAGAAAAACAGUAAAGGUGCAGUUACAUACAUAUAAAUAUAAGCAGCUAAAGUCCAAUUGUAGUCAUGAGGGAAAUUAAUUUUAAAUUAAAGGAAAGGUGAAGGAACAUCAAGAAAAUGAAUGCUUAUACUUUGUGUUCCUUUUUCAAAAUUCUUUGUUCACCAUGUGAGCUGAGUUAAUUAAUUUUUUUUCUUAAAAGUUAAAUUUUGUGCAUGAAUGCAGUCCCUGAAUUACUCCAUGACUUGGUAUUCAGAAACUGUUAGACUCUAGUAUUGUUACACGAUACUAUUAAUUCUUUCCAUUAUUCCUGUUGCCUUAAACUUUGUAAAUAUGUAUAUAGGUGAAGGGUCUCGGUAUUUUCUAUCUUUUUUAGUUGAUUAUUGCAGCUAUUGUUUCUUUUUAAUUUUUAUUGGAAUAUAAACUUUUAGCUUGAAGUAUGUGGAUUUACAAACUAAAAGUCUUUUUCUUUAUUUGUCACUUUUUAAGCAAAAAAUUUUAUAAGUGAUCCAAAAUAAACAAUUUGAGUAUUGAUGAUGGGAAGGCACAUUGAAGUGUUUAUUACAUCCCUGUUACAUUUUUUAAAUGGAAAUUAAUCUGCAUUUUACUGCACUCUAAUUGAAUUAUUUUGCAAGUUACCAAAACAAAAAUCUGAUUAUCGGUUGAUUUUAAUGUAACAUCUUUCAACACUUUGGUGCAAUUUUGUUUUACUUUUGGCAUUAUAUGGUUAAAAACUUCUACCAUAUAAUUUAAGAGACUUUUUCCUGUUACCUUUAAUUAUUUUUUGUUUGUCCCGGCUGAAUUUAGUAAUGGUGCUUUCUUUCUUUCUCCCUGGACUGCAGGUUCCUGAAUUGAUCUUUGGGUUCUUGAAACUUUGGGCGAGGCAUUGAAGGAGGUUGCAUGCAGCUGUUUUCUGGGGUGGGGAAAGCGCAAUUGUUGAAAGGUAGAGGCUGGUAGAUGAGGAGUGAGGAGGAACCUGCAUGUUUGAUAAUGGUUGGUUUUGCCACUAACACAAUUAACACCAUUCACAUCGUACCUGGUGAAUCAACAGUACAGUAUUUAUGUCAAAGGUAUUUAUAUCAACCCAGGUGAAGUGUUACAGAUUGACUUUACCAUCCAAUGGUAUUCUAAAAACAUAGUCUGCCUGUGCCAUCCUACAUGCUCGCCCUAACAUGCUGUUGCAUGCUUAUGUAAAUCACACUAAAUAUUGAUUUUAGAGAUGUCUAGACUGUACUGUGGUUGGCCUGUUUUGUUGAUGUGCAAUCCCUAGCAUAAUCCUUUCUAAAUGUUUCAUUUCUGUAGUUCCAUACCAUUUUUCAUUUGUGCUGCUAUCAGUACUGCAUGGAAAUAGUGGCAUGUUGAUUGCCAGUGUUGAAGAUCUCUGACAAAACAGUAGGUGCAACUUUUCAUUGUUAGUGUAUGGUUUACAAAUUCUCCUCCCUCCUUGCUUUUGGCCCGCAUUUGGUUUUGAGAAUUGGAUUAAUCAUUGAUGACUAAGAUUCAAUGGAAAUGCAACUGAAAACAACAUGUGGCUUCAGGAAAACGAAAUGGGCCAUUGUGAAGAGACAUUUGGGCAGAAACCAUGUGAGGUGUACAUCGUGAGCUUUUUCAAGACUCCCAGCCACUUAUUUUUACCACUAUCUCGUAUUGCAGCUGCUGCCUUAAAUCAACUAUUUUACAGAAGAGUGCCUAAAUCUGCUGACUGCCAUUGUUUCCAAUAGUAUCACAAAAAGGCUUACAUUUGCAAGUAUAUGGCAGCUCAUCAAUUUUGACUGUCUUGUAUAUUCUGUCAGUACUUCAGCUACUGAUCUAGUAGACCUACUAUACAAAUGUAUUAUAAUAAGGUACCAGAGGAAGUGUGCAACUAAUCUUUCAGUCAAUAUUUAUACUGUUGUUUUUAAAACACUAAAUAUUUGUACUGGUUAACUAAAUUGAUUUGUGAUGAAUGUGUUUUUUUUUAAAUUAGAGUUUGUAAUAUUUUUCCAUUUUGGCCAACUCCUGGGAAUAACUUUUUAGUUCAUGCAAAGCUCUGGUUUAAUACGAACAGCUGUACAGGUGUUGUAAUUUGGAGUAGCCUCGUCAUCGUGUGGCUUUAUUGAAUUUUGUGGAUAUUGUGGAUAAUCUAACCCAUACGCACUUUUAUUAAUUUGAGUAACAAAAGUGUAGAUAUUAUAUUCUCCAGGGUAUUCUAGACUGCUUCAAAUGCCAACUUUGUUUUUCCGCUAAAUCCUUAGUCAACCUGUGUUCUGAACUGUAAUUCUAUUGUAAUAAAUAUAUAAUGUCUGCUUAAUUCAAAUUCAACAAACAAGGAACCAAACAUUUCUCAUAUUUGUGUUUUUCAUUUUUGGUUUACUUGAAAUGGAGUUUUUUCAAGUGACAGGAAAAAUGUUCUCAGCAAUAUCUUUUUGAAGUAAAGGGUUUUGUGAUUUGUAGUACAAUUUACUUAAUGCUGCAAAGAAACCCAUUAUUUGUUGGGGGAGAAAAGAAUGCUAGGUACAAUUGAUCAGUUGUGUAAGCAUUGGAAAUAUGAUUUAGUGCUUUGUUUGCUUCUGUAUACUAUGCUGUAUAGAAAUCACAAAUGUGAAACUAUCUUUUGUCCUGAAAAGUGUACAAUUUGCUGAAAAUCUAUUACUUUAAAACACAAUCCAACAAUAUUUUGCAGUGUUUCUUGACUAAAUUACACAUGCCAACUACAGAAAACAUUAUCGAUUGCCUGAUAUUUACAUUGGUUAGCAACACCAUUUUAAGUUUUGUUUUUUAGAAAGGAACUUUGUCUUUGCAAUAAAAAGGACGACACUGUGCAUCAGAAAAUUAUUCUUGUUGCAUAGAGUUCCUGAAAAAUAACUAUAAAUUGUGGAAGACUGAUUGCAGACAAAAAUCAUCUGUGAUGUUGAUCUUAAAAAGUUGAGGAAAGCUUGGCUUAAAUGAAUCUCAAAAGCUAAACUAAAGAAAAAAUGAAAUAUACAUGCUUCCCUGUAAUAGGUAUGUAUAUAUUUUAAAGAAUCAUCAAAUUAAUGAAUUUCCUGCAACCCUAGUGGCCAUUUUUUUGUACAUUGAGUAAACCACUAAAAAUAUUGACAAUGGUGCACAAUCUCCAAAGUAGGCACUGUAUAAUCUGAAUUGUCUUAAUUUAUAUAGCAAAUUAACUGUGAAAGUGCUAGAAUGUGAUAGAAAAUAUACUCUUUCCGUAGCUGUAAAUCUGCAGUUAGGUAACUGGAGCAAACUGUUAGCCAGUUUGUAAUGUUGUAAUGCUUUUGCUUCGUAUGUAAUUUUAGAUGCUGCUUUUUUGUGAGUAAAAUUACAAAUAUGAGUAAAGAGGCGAACAACUGAAGGAGGGGUUUUUCUUGCACAUAUCUUAAAAGUUAAAGUUGUAUACAGUGUGAGGAUCUGGUUAAAUUGUCACUGAUAAGUUGUCAGGCAAAGUAGAAUGUAGAAUGGGAAGCAGUCAAGGUUUUGAAUUAAUGACCUUUAUGCACAUGUUAAUUUUUGAUUGUUUUUUUAAACUGUUAAGAUCUGUUUAAAAUACUUUUGUUGAAAAUUGUUAAAUAAAUUAAUGUAUUCCAAAGAGUUUUGUCAUAUUUAAGUACCUGUUAUUAUUAACUGUUUCUGUUUCCUUUUUGAAAUUAAAUCAGUUUUGAUAAUACUGGAAA